UUUGAAGCGGGUUCGGCUCUUGUUGGGCUUCCUGUGUACUGAUUCCCAGUCCUGUACGAGCACAUAGUUGAAGGUUCUUCAACUGGAAGCAAGUUUAAACCAAUAUUAUUCAUUAAAUAUCCAAUAUUUGGCGACGACUUCUUUGGUUUUAGGUCUUGGAUAAGUCAAAUGACAUCAUGGCUUCCUUUAUUCAUCGUAUUUUACCGAAGAAAGGUUCGGAUUUGGCAGCAUUCGUAUUCAUGUUUGUGAUGUUGUGGGUGAUCGCUUUGUUUGAGCUCUUCGUUGUUCUGCCUGAGUUCCACGAGCCUUUCUCGCCAUGGUAUCUGAUCCACGUCGUCUGCGGCUUAUUUCUAUUCUUAAAUGUGUUCUCUAAUCUUUAUCAAGUAAUCAUGACGGAUAUAACCGGUGCUAACUUAGCUUUACCAUCAGUACUAAAGCCAGGCUGGACGUACUGUCCUUAUUGCCAAAUGAACGCCCCACCAAGAGCUCACCAUUGCCAUGCUUGUAACGUUUGUGUGUUGAGAAGAGAUCAUCACUGUAUCUUCGCUGGUAAAUGUGUUGGCCAUUCCAACUACCGUUAUUAUCUGUUCUUAGCCCUGUACUUGUGGCUGGGUGCUUUAUACGCGAAUAUUUUCCACUGGCAAUACGUUACUUCUGUUAUUGGCACAUUUGGCUGGGCCACCAUGUUCACUAUGUUUAUGCCAAUGUUAUCGUGGAUGGUUGGACAUACUACAGUCUUUCAGACAUUCGUAACCUUUAUGGCUGGAAUUUCUUUGUUUGCCUUCGUCAUGUUCUCCUUUCUUCUUUUCUUCCAAGUCAACAUUAUUUCACGUGGUCAAACCUCGUAUGAGCGGAAGAAGAAAAAGCGUCUCUACGACAAAGGUGUGGUAGAUAAUUUUGUGGAGAUUUUGGGGAAAAAAUGGUACAUUUCCUGGCUGUGGCCUACUGUGCCGUCUACACUUCCUGGGGAUGGUACUAACUAUACUCAACUAACUGAGUCCAUGAAAGAUAUGUAAGUAGAUGUCAAAUAAUCUAAAAAAAAUGGAAACUUCAAACUUUUCAUGAAGCCUCCUCAAGAACUAGGAACAAAAAGUAUCAAGAACGUUGUAAUGUGCUUAGUUUGCUUCAAGGUUUAGAAAAAUUCAAUUUAGAAAAAUUUAUAUUUAAAACGAAGAGCUAGGUAGUCACAAGUGCACCAACAUGGAGCACUGUAGCUUGCUUGAAUAAAAUAAAUAAAUGAAAUUGCAUUCAA